AUGGACACCACGGUGACGAAGCUGGCAAACAAGGUGCUGGAGGCGGUUCCCGGCACGCCAGAGCAUGCCAUCGCGAAGCAGCUGGAGACUGGCAAGCCCAUCGAGCAACGCCCGACGGCGGCUCCGGCCCACAAGCCGGUGGAGGACGAAAUCAUGAGGAACACGAUCCGCGCAAAGGCCCCGGGGCUGGACACCCCCCACCCGCCGGAUCCAGACGCUCACCCCCUUCAGUUCAGGGACUUGCACACCGCCGACGCCUCGGCGGCACCCAUGCUGAGCGGCAGCACGCCCGGCAGCACGCGCUACCAACGCGAGCAGCUGCUGCCCGCGGCGGCGGGCGAUGGGAUGGAAAUGAGAGUGGACGGGCACCAGGCCACCGUGACCUUGGGGAAGACGGGCGUCAGCUUCCUGACCGUGACCUCCGACGGGCUGCCUGCAGUUCCAUUCAGCGAGAUGUUGUCGGCAGAGGUCCUGCCGCCCAUCAGGGGCGUAUGGCGGUUGCCGGGCACCCGCCUGCACCGCAUGGUGAUCUGGACCUUCCGCCGGUCACCCCAAAACGCGGCGUGCUGGCACCCGCGGCAGCUGCUGCUGGAGACGGCAGCAGAGAAUGUGCUGCAGGAGUGGCUGCAGCGCAUCAAUGCCGCCAUUGUGCAGCAGGCACGCAGGCAAGUGGCUUUGCCCGCAGGCUUGCCCCAACGGCUGCUGGUGUUUGUCAACCCCUUUGGUGGCAGCCGCCGCGCGCAGCAGAUCUGGGAAACAACGGUGCGACCGGUGUUUGACAAAGCGAGCAUCAAGAGCCGGGCGGUGGAGACAGAGCAUGGCGGGCAUGCGCGCGCACUGCUCAUCAGCAUGCCAGCCGAGGAGCUGGCGGGGUACGAUGGUGUGGUGGCUAUUGGUGGCGACGGUCUCUUCCACGAAAUCAUCAACGGCCUGCUUGAGCUUCGCUCCGUGACCAGCGGCACCAGCCUAGACCAGCAUCAGUGGGCCGAGCUGCAGCAGCACCUUGAAGAGACGGCAGCGGCAGACGCCGCUGCAGCAGCAGCAGCGGCGGUACAGACAGCAGUAGAGGGCGGACAGCCGCCGCAGCAGCAUGGCGGGGAACAGCAGGUGCAAGAGGCUGCCCAGGCUAAGAGCAGCAUGUUUGGUGUGCCGGGCUGCGCACGGCACUCGCAACCCCAGAUCGUGCACCACCGCACUGGUAGCAUUGCAGCAUCGAUGCGGGUGGGGCACAUCCCAGCGGGGUCGACAGAUGCAGUGGCCUGCACGUUGAACGGUACACGGUCGGCAUUCACUGCCGCUAUGCACAUAGCGCUGGGUGACGGGUGCCCAUUGGAUGUGCUGCGAGUGGACACAGCGAGCGGCGAGCAUGCAUUUGCCACCUGCAUGGUGUCCUAUGGCUUCAUGGGGGAUGUGAUGGCAGAAAGCGAGAGCUAUCGCUGGCUGGGACCGAUGCGAUACGAUGUAAUUGGCGCCAAGAUGCUGGCCGCCAAUCGCAGCUACCGCGUGCGCAUUAGCUACCUGCCCGCAGAGCCGGACCAAAUAGCAGCGGCUGGCAAGGUGCUGCGGCUAGCAGUGUGGCGGACGAGCGUCACGGUACCCGAUGCAUAUCCACGGCUGUACCGCCUGUCCUGUAGGCGCGGCAAGUGGGUGCACCUGGAGGGCGAAAUGGCUGGGGUCAUGCUUGUCGUCAUGCCAUGCCGCAGCGAGAAGAGCCAGCAGGGCGUGGCACGAUAUGGCCACCGCAGCGACGGUUUGAUACACUUGGUGAUGGUCAAGAAAUGCAGCCGCCUGCAGUACCUGCGCUUCCUGCUCACUCUUUCCAGCACAGGCUUGGCCGCCGGGGAGCACGGCUUUUUCACUGUCGUGCCGGCAGUGGCGGUGCAUGUGGAGCCUGUGGGAUUGCGGGAGAGCCACUGGAAUGCCGAUGGCGAGCUGCUGCCCAACAACCACAUCACAGCGGAGGUGCAUCGCGGAGUGAUAGAGGUGUUUGCGCGUGGGGUUGAAGUUCAUUAA